AUGAACCGGGAGAAUAUUUUCGGCAGGAGUCCAGUACGAAACAGAGGCGUGCGGCAAAACGAGCCCCCGAUUCCUAACAAACCUACCCAUUUACUGAGCACCGCAAUGGUAAGAACCAAAGAGCGAGAAAGCAUGAUUCCUCAAGAUACACAGAUCAGGGUCAAGCAACUUGAGGGCGACCUGCAGGCAAUCACGCGAGAGAGAGAUGAAGCACUCAAUGGUAUUCACAAAGUUUUUGACGACAUCAUUUUGAUCGAAGAUAAGCUUCAUGAAGAGCAGCGACUUUCUGCAGGGAAGGAUGAAGAACUUAUGAGAUUGAACGAAGAGAAAAUGCGACUACUGGGAGAGAUGAAGACAAAAGACGGGGAAUUGGCGAAUCUACGUCGAUUGAACGAAGGCCAGGAGAAAGCUCUCAGCAGGCAGAUCUCAGAUACCCGAACUCUACAACAUCGGUUCGAAAGCAUGUCUAGAAAUGGAGCAUCUACGGCAGCAGCACAACAGAGUCAGAAAGAUUGGGAAGCGAAGCUCAACGCCAAAGAGAGCCAGCUACAGGAGAUGGCCACCCAGCUGGAGAUGCUACAAAAACAGUGUAUUAGCGAUCAACAGCGACGGGAGGCCGCCGAGGCACAAUUGCACAAUUUGCAGGUUACUUCCGUCGUUCAGGACUCACAGGCCAAGGAUGUGGCAGAGCUCCGGAGGCUAUUGACGUGGCACCAGACUAUUGGGGAGCAGGCAUCAAGGAAUACCAAACAAACUAGCGAGGAGAACAGAAAGCUCCGGGAGCUGAUUGCGGACCAGGAACAGAAGCUCCAGGGACAGGAGGCCCUAUUGGCCACAUUGAGGAGACAGGGGCAGGUAGUGACUGUGCCAGGCAGCAUCGCUUGA